GAGCAGGUCCAGGCACGUGUUCGGGGAAUCGGCACUUGUUCUGGGUUGUUUUUCGAGGACAGACGACUUUGUUGGUUUCAAAAUGGCCGGGCAAUCUCCAAGACGCGGAUCGGGUGCUUUGUAUGUUCUUCUUUUAAGACUGCCUUCUGGAGAACGAGCAGGUAUCGCUCACUUUUCAGGCGUCCUGCACGCAGCGCCGGGCUCCGGAUCUGAUGGGUCUUUUGAUGCCCCACGAUUCUGUGGCUACGGUGGUGUAUGGCUCCGGCAGGCUGGGAUUCUGGCAGGGAACUGUACGGAAAGCCGUCUUAUUGGUGUCUUGGUGGCAGUUUUGAGUGCCCUAGCUUGGUGGCCUGGAGGACCGUAUUGGCGGAGGCGGUCACGUGAUGCCCAGGGCCAUGCCCGAGCUGAUCCGCCACUACAAUUUACCAAUGAAUGGGUCGGGUCUAUCUGCGUCUCUCUCUUCCUCUGCGUCUCGCUCUCUUUCUGCUCCCUCUCCUUUUGUGUGUGUCUGCCUUUGGUGGGAUCAAACGUGCCAGACGGACAGACAUUUAUUAGCUGCGAAUGUGCUACUUCGUAUGUUUAGUCGGACAACGCCAGCAAAAGGCCAAAUCUGACCAUUGUGCACGUGCAUGGCCGACCUUCAUUGGCCAGCUCCAGGCUGUCAUUGCAUUGCGUUCCGUCAAGACACUCGCCCAAAAGCCCGUGGCCAGAUGGGCAGAUGGGAAGAGUGCACACGAGCACAUCCACAGGCAUGGCAGUCUACGUGACACGGCGGCCUCUACGCGGCAGUACAAAGUAUUAUGUG